GUUCAAAAGUCCUUUUGACGGUUUUGGCGGAAUCCGGAGAGCUCCGAUUUUUUUGGAAUCGAUUCUGAAGAGUAGGUCAAUUUCGAAAGCGCAAUAAAACGUCAAUAUUUAAUCAACCAAAAAUCAUCAGUUUGUAUUUUUCUUGCAUUUUUUAAAAAAUAAAAGUAAUGAAUAUUAAUAAACAAUUAAAAAUUCAAUCCCGGAAUAGGAAUCGGAUUCGGAACCGGAUCCGGAAUCGGAUUCGGAACCAAGUAGUUCUGAUUCCUAGCGCCCAUCAAUAGAAUACCUAUGGGUCUUGUUCCUAUCUAUUUUCGGGAUCGGAAUUAAUUAAUCGAACAUUAGAAUUAAUCGUUAGUAGUAGUGUAACUGCUAGUGCUAUGUUAGCAGUGUAUUGUAACACGCGUAUAGUAGUUUAGUGUGUAGUGUGUGUCGUAACACGCGCGGUGCGUGCGUAAGACGUAUGAAGGAGGGUUUACACGUCAUCACAUAUCCAUUGGAUCCACCAGACAUGCUUUGUGUAUAAGAACGGUUUAGCUUUACAGGCUGAGUCGUCCGGGGACAUUUUAAUGGCAUGAAUAGCUCCAGUGUAGAAAAAUGACACUAUAUUUAAUUGUUUCAAGUGGUCUCUUUCUUAAAAACAUAAAAAAAAAAAGAUUAAAACCAUUGUCUUAAACAUUGUUUUUUCGUAAAGUAAUUCGGCGUAAACUUUUGCUACAGAAAGGAACAUAUUGUAAUGUAAGAUUAAUAGUUAACAUGAAUUCAAAUAUUAGUCAAACAUUCAUUCAAUAUUCAAAUAUUGAAAACGACCUACCGUUUAUGCCAAAAACAAAAAAUGGAAUACGCGUAACCAAGGCAACCGAUGCAGGCCAACGAGCCAAACAUAGUUACGAUUCCAGUUACGUGGUUCGAUUCGGACUGGAUUUUCGCCAAAGUUGCAAUAUAAAUAUCACUUCUGGGUAUUCAUGGAAGACGUCAACAAUAACUCUUCGGCACGAUCCUAUCCAGAUCGUCCAGCAUCAAGAAGAGGGUUGGGAUCUAGCGCCAAUCUAAGAGCAUCGAACAACUCUGGCAAUUCGGCAACACCAAGUCCUGUUGCCAUCAUACGACCCGGAACAGCUAUGAAACCACCUUCAGCGUUACGGAGUGGAACUGCAAGUAGACUACUGGCAAACAAUGGAAUUCCCAUCGGUUCAUCAACAUCUCAGCGCAUUGGGACAGCUUUAGGAAACGCUGGAAAUAGAAUGGCUGAACGACCGAUAACACAGCAUGGCAUUAGUGGUCUCGCCACAUCCUAUGGUCGGCUAGGAACUGCGGCCAGUAGUAAUCGUCAAAUUAAAGACAAGCGCUACUGGCAUGCGGUAUUGCAAAGCAAAAUACAAGAAAUCAACCAAGAAACGACCAAAUUGUUGAAAGAGAAAAAGUUUCUCGAUCGCGAACGAUCGGCACGGAAGCUGUACGAAAAACGGGUCAAAGAGGCGGCCAAGGAACUGACAAACUUACAGUCUACCCUAACGUCCAUGAAUCUGGCGUUGGACAACUGUACCUCGGGUAUGACGCGCCAGCAUCUGUUGAAUGAAACUGUAGCACUGCGGGAACGCAACGAACACAUUCAGGAACAGUUGGAGCUGAUCUUCAAACAGCGGCAACAGAAGGACAACGAAAACAAGGAGCUUGACAGGGAAACUGAGAAGGAGAAAAAUAAGGUGAUUGAAAUGAUAAACUCACUUCCUGAGGAAGAUCAACACAAGUAUCGAGAAUACCAAACGCUGUCGGAAAACCUUCGCAAGCAGAACGCCAUUUACCACACCCAGAUUAGUGAGAUGGAGAAGCAAAAGGAGCGAUUGAAUACGAUGAUUAUGAACUCGCAGACCCGUUCCGAGGCGCAUCGCCUUAAAUCGAAGCUGAAGGAACUGCUCAACAAGCGGAACGCUUUGCGCGAGGAGGAAAACAACCGUCUUUCGCCGGCACAGGAGCGCGAAAAACUGAUCAACGAUGUACGCUCGAACAACCAGGCACUGGCCAGCAUUGGGAAGCAGCUGAAAAUUGUUGAAGACCAAUUGAUUGAGAAGAAGGAAACGUUGCAGCAGAUAGACCAAGAUCUGGAGGAAGGCAACUCGGAACGGCACGUCAAGUACAAGGAGCUCAAGAAACGUGACGAAGUAAUGUCGUCAUUCAUGGACAGUUUUAAGAGUAACAUGAAUCUGGAACAGCAAUGCAUAGAUACUUUGAAGAACCAAAUCACGUACGCUAUUGAGCAAAUUACAUUGCAAGGCAUCAACAUGAAAGGGGUCGGAUACGAUAAACUCGAGGGUGGAUUUACGUCUAAAAAUGAUCUCAACUCCCACUCCGGAUUGAUCAAGGAAUAUAAAAAGCUUGGCAUCCAACUCAAGCAGCUGCAAAUACUGGAAAAACGGACAAUGCAGCAGGUGAAUGCUCUACGGCAGGAAGAAACAGAGGCACUGCAGAACAUUCAAAAGUACGCCAACUUGGAGGUGCCUCGUGCGGAUGCAAUUGUGAAAAUGAACGACCUUACAGCAGUACUGCAAGAAAUGGAAGAUAAGAAACGUGUCACGGAGAAUGUGGUCGAAGAGGCACGCAACCGUAACCAUGAGAUAAAAUUCAGCCUCAAAAGUAACGACACAUACCGGCAAAUAUCGCAUCUGGAAGAUAAGCUGGUCGAUUUAAUGAAGGAAAGUAAAACGCUCCAGGAAGCGAUCAAUCAUAUGCAGCAGGAAAAUAACUACACAACAACACGUUCGGAAGUCCAUGAUUUAGUGAACCAACACAACACACUUUUAAGCAGUGAAAUGGAGAGUAUUUCUGCGAAUCGUGUGAUUUAAAUUGAGAUGCACAUUUUGGUAAGUAUCCAGUUGAGUGUUACUGACUACGUGCACACAGCAUGGACGAGCAGCGAGCAGUAUAUGGGAAGAUGCCGAUUUGGUUAUUAUAAAUACUAACCAUAAAAUAAAAACAAACCAUAACCAUA